AAAUUAAAAAGGCCUUCGAGCUCAAUCCCGAUAAAUUGAUUGAUGGCCGUCGCCUGCGCUGCGAUCUCCGCCUCGUACCCUUCCCACCAUUUCAGCCCUAAUCCCUCGAGGAGACCCCCUCCGCCGAUCUCCAUCUUCGCUGGCUCCUCCUACGUCGACCCCCUCCAGCUCCGGGCUCUCCUCGGUGCCGCCAACCACUCCUGCCACCGCUUCCCAGCCCUCUCCCCCGACGGCCGCGCCCCGCUCGCCGACCCUGACAAGCUUCGUGUUGCUCUCGCCCAUAGCUCCGUCGUAGUUUCAGUCUUCUGCCGCCUCAAGUUCGUGGCGGAAUAUGGCUCUGGCGCCCGUUGGGAUGUGGUGUCUUCUCCCUCCCCCCUCGAUAUGUUGCUGCAGAGAGCAGUGCCGGCGUCGGCGCAGGAUCGGCAGCUGGUGGGGUUUGGUCGGGCAGUUUCGGACGGUGGAUUGGCAGCUUCCAUUCAUGAUGUAGUGGUUAUCCCUUCUUUACAGAGACGAGGUAUUGGGCGAAAGAUAGUUGCACAAAUUACAAGGAUUCUAACUACUAGAGGCAUAUACGAUAUCUCAGCCUUGUGUUCAGAAAAUGAGAGGUUAUUUUUUGAGGCCUGUGGUUUCGGAGAGGAUCGUCUUGGUUCUACUACCAUGAUGUAUACACGAACUCCCCCAGACUACAAAAGCAAUCAAGUCGUACGAGUCGCUGGCAGAUUGCAACUUCUGGUCCCACCUGGACGAGAGUUGAGCAGCACUAUUUUGAAUUCUCAGUCAGAGACUAUCAGAUAGCUUAGGCGCAUACCUAGGGACACAUACGUCCCAAGUGUGCCACAACUACCGUGUGUUAGGAUUGGUUUGCUAAAGUAUUAGAAGGCUAGAGAAGAUGAAUGGUGGCUGACUUGGAAGUUAAAACUUUUCUCUUGCUAAUGCUUAGCAAGAUGAGUCAAGUUAGUUAAUCACAACAAAAAGAUCAAAUAUAAAACACAAACACUAACAUAGUAAAUUUACGUGCCUUGAAGACUCCUAAUUUCUACUGAUCUAUAACUUCAAGUGAGUGAAUCUCAAAUCCCAUUAAUUUUCUCCUUCUGGACCGAGAAACGUAUCUUAUAAGAGGCUUCUCACAAUGAAGAAAAAUAAGGAACGCGAGUAACGAGCACAAGACAAUUCACCAAACAAUUCAAUCUUGAUCCUCUAUUUAUAACGUUCAAUGAAACUCUCAGUCGACUCACCUUGAAGCUAGUUGACUGUUCUGCCUAGCUGUUCUGCCUAUAAAUUGAGUCACUUUAUUGCAUAAGCAAUCUAAGGACUACAAUUUUCUUCUGCUCAACCAAUAAUAUUAUUUUUUACUCCUGUUAGGAAUUUAAUCAACUGCUCCGUUGACUCAAUUUAGUUUGUUGGCUAUAUAGUCAACUUAAAUUUGAAUAAAAAUAUUAUGUUUGCAAGCAAAUCAAUUUGACUCCCUAGUUGACUUAGCACACUAGUCAAGUUAACUGGAUCGUGGACUACUACCAAUCUAAUCGAUGACUCAUUGCUUGAGUAAAGAACUACAUGAAAUAAAAUCAUAGGUUACUCAAGUCUUACAUUGCAUUUAAAAGAACUACCAUCUUCUGUGAUACUGUGAGUCCCUCUGAUGCCCUUGGCUCAUUCCAUGUGUUAUCCUUCAAUUGUUCACAAAUGUAAUCCGUCUUCUCCAACUAUCGUCAAAACUUACGCCACAAUGCUCCUUAUUUUGCAAUUCCUCAUAUGUCUCAUAUCAUAAUUUUCCAAUCCCGAACAAACCUCUAGCCAUCAAGCCACACCAACUUAGUUGUGCCAAGUCAACCUCGACUAGGUUCAUGAACACUCUAUUGAAUCCCUGCACAACUUGCUACACUCAUUAGAAUCACAAACCAACCUAACUUAAACUCUUUGCUCAACACAUCAAAAUACCACGGUCAAAUACCAUUUAGGAAACGAUUGCACCACCAUGACUCAAUCCGCUAGCAGUGGCAAGCGACUUCAGCUACGCAAGUGGCCUAGUCAUGUUGCAUGUGUAGGAGUGCAACUCCCCACAGAAUGCAUGCGUUGUUUCUGUUAUUGCAGACUUAGUCCAUGGGUAGUGAGCGACACAUGACCUUUGGUUGCGAUGCUCAAAGUGUAGGCCACCGCAAACUUAGUCCAUUGGUAGAAACACAUAGGGAUCGAUUUGGAUGGUCAAUGAUGGCAUGGCCAAUUCAGCAUCGACCAACACCGUAGACUUAGCUUGCUCCACAGAUAGCGAAAUGCAACAAUUUGGUUGUCAUCAUCAACUGGUGAGGUCUACAUAUCGUUGGCAAAAGUACUACAACAAAAUUUACUAUUCUGAAACUUAACCAGGCUCUUCCUGCUAGCACUAAGUUUAGGGUCCAAGAAAACUACUAAUUGACUCUCCAAACACUUAGGCAACAGAGAGAUGAGGGCGCCAAAAAGGGUUCAAUGGCAACUUUUGUCAACUUGCGGCCAUUAAGAUAGAAGUGGCAAACUCUUCUAAGCUCUAAUUGCAUCUAACUAAAUUCAAAUUGACAACCCCCCUAAUUAUAAACCAAGUUAUGAACAUACGAUAGGGGAUCGAAAACUAGUCCCUUAGAAACCCAUACACAAUCGCAAGGCUUGCGGAGCAGUGACACAUGAUAAACAAGGGCUUCUGGAUUGGGGAUGAAGGAAACUCCAAAUGUGCUCAUGAACUCGACUUCAAGGAAGCAAAUUAUGAAGACAUUGAGUCCAAUUGACAAUUGCCCGAGCUUUGUCUUAAGGCAGAAGAAAAUAAUGAUAGUCGUACAUUAGGACCAUAUCCUUUUCUUGUGGUAUAGAUAUCCCUACUGGAUUACACAUGAAACUCACAAGAAUUCAGAAACCACUAUCACCAAGAGAUUCAACUUAAGAUGUUAUUUCUUAAAAAGGGAGGGGAAAAAAACCAUGAACAGUAGAAACAAGUACAAUCAUACAUCAAAGAAUUGUCAGAUCAUUUUCAUGGUUGGUCAUGAGUCAUUUCUGCUCAGCUCACAGAUUAUCCAGUCAAUUGUUU